UUAGACGUUGGUCAUCAGUUGGGGAUACAAAAGGAAAGAUACUGAGAUUCCAUCACCACUCCGAAGACCAUCCAAUGCCAGGAUUCAGCUGACAUGCUGCUGGUAAAGAAAGUUGGGGGUGUGUUUUGGGCAGCAGACCGGACAGUUGGAGAUCUGAAGAUCCUGAUCUCCCUCCCUACCUCUCUAUUGUAUUCUCUUGCACUUCUCUCGAGAAGCUAGUGGUGCGGUUCUUCAUCUUGGAGUAGUAGUCCUCUGAAGAAAGGAUCUUGUGAUGGAGUUCUGAAAAGAUUGUGACUGAUGGAGGAUUCCACUCGCCAAACCCUAUCAGAUGCUGCCAGUGAUUUGGACUUCAUGGAUGAGUUGUUAUCAGGAUCAGUCUUUGAUUGUUGUGAUCUCCUGCAAACAGGCACCUCUGCUCUCUUAUUGCCUGUUCUCGGAGUUAGCUACAGCAGUCCCAACCCGACCCUGCCAGGGAUUGAUUACCAGGUUGAUGCAGAGAGAUCAAUUUUCUCUGUGGAGUCGGCUUCAGAAGAAACCCAGAUUCAAAUGCUUGAUGGCGGACAAUCCAUCUAUCCGAGUCCUGCAGGUGAAUGGGAAGCAGAUGAUUCUAAUUAUGGAUCAGCCAUGAGUCGGCAGAUUCAGCCUACCAUGAAACAGAGACUGAGUUAUGCCUUGAGGUAUAUCAAGGAAUCAAAUGGAGAUGGUGAUGUCCUUGUUCAGAUUUGGGUGCCUGUCAUGAGAGGAAACCAACAAGUUGUUACUACUUGUGGUCAACCUUUCUUGCUACAGUCGAACUGUCAGGGGCUUGUGAAGUAUCGGUCGGUCUCCACGAGGUACCAGUUCUUGGCUGAUGAGAACUCUCGUGAGGCAGUGGGCUUGCCUGGCCGGGUGUUUCUAGGGAAGUUGCCGGAGUGGACACCGGAUGUGCGCUACUUCAGCAGCUGUGAAUUCCCUCGUGUGAGUGAUGCUCAGCGGUAUGAAGUUUGUGGAACGAUCGCCCUACCGAUUUUUGAGAUGGAUAGUCGAUCUUGUUUAGGGGUUGUCGAGGUCGUGAUGAUGACACAAAAGGUUAAUUACAGUUCUGAUUUUGAGAUCAUCUGCAAUGCUCUUCAGGCAGUCGAUCUUAGGAGUUCUGAAGUUUCAAGUGUUCCCCGCAUAAAGAUGUCUGGUGACUCUUACCAAGAUGCCUUGCCAGAGAUCCAAAUGGUGUUGAAAGCUGCCUGUGAGAGCCAUAGAUUGCCAUUAGCUCAAACAUGGAUUUCAUGCAUUCGACAAGGCAAGAAGGGCACCCGACAUUCUGAUGAAAACUUCAAGGACUGUGUUUCAACUGUCGAUGCUGCCUGUUAUGUGCGAGAUCCUAGCAUGUCAGGUUUUCACCAAGCGUGCUCUGAGCAUCAUUUGUUGAGAGGCCAGGGUGUUGCCGGUAAAGCAUUUAUGACAAAUCAACCAUGCUUCUCAUCAGAUAUAACGGACUUCAGCAAGAUAGAAUAUCCCCUCUCGCACCAUGCUAAGUUGUUCCGCUUGAGAGCUGCUGUGGCUAUUCGACUGCGAUGUAUUCAUACCAGAAAAGUAGACUUUGUUUUGGAGUUCUUCUUACCUAUCAAUUGCAUAGAAAGUGAAAAACAGAAACUGAUGCUGAAUUCUUUGUCUACUACGGUACAAGAAGUAUGUCAGACCCUACGAGUUGUGACGACCAAGGAGCUAGAACAUGAGACAGUGUUAGAAAAUGAUGAUCGAAUCCCUUCAGGUACAUUCUCUGAUAAAUCUGUUUCUGAGAUUGGUCAAAGAUCAACUGUCAAUGAAAUUCUCCCAGUAGGAACACCUGAUGUAGAUAUUACUGAGGAGGGAUUCAGCAUUUUAGCAAAUUGGGAUCCCUCGGAUAUAAUACUACCUACUGGAGAUAUGUUUUCCGAGUUCAAGCAGCACUAUGGCGAGUCCAAUGAUGAUAAUCAAGUUUCAUUUUCUGCUGAAAUUAAUGUUUCAAAUAUGGAUAGUGAAACUGAAAAGAGGCAUACAAAAACUGAAAAGAUUGUCAGUCUGCAAGAGCUUCAGAAGUAUUUUGCUGGUAGCCUGAAAGAUGCUGCGAAAAGCCUAGGAGUGUGCCCUACUACACUUAAAAGAAUAUGUAGGCAACAUGGAAUUACUCGUUGGCCUUCACGGAAGAUCAAGAAGGUUGGUCACUCCUUAAGGAAACUGCAAGUGGUUAUAGACUCCGUCCAUGGUCCUGGAGGAGCCGUCCAGUUCAGUUCCCUCUAUGAAAACUUCAUAAAAGCCACUUGGUCAGAAAACAACUUAGCAACUGGUACCACAUUUUCAUUGUCAAAGCAAAAUGAUCUUCCAGACUUCUCGAAUGCAAACCAACAGCUAGAAAGUAGAUUAAUCUCACGGACAUCUGGAUCAAAUUCCCUUUCCUCUUCCUCAUGUAGUCAAAACUCUAAUUCAAGUCAGGGCUAUUCCAGUGAGCAAAGGAAGUGCGUUGAUGCUCAUGAAUUUGCAUUCAGACAAAAUACUUCAGUGGAAGAGAAUCAGAGUAACAUGCUUGAGAAAGUUCAAAGCCACAUUGGAUUCCAUUCCCAACCUGAGGUGGCACCAAAAUCUGUGGUUAGAACCCUGAAUCAGAAGUUUCAGAUUGAUCAUCAUUCUUCAGGAACUAUGUCUUUUCCGCUGAUGAAUAGAUGUGAUUUUCUUAAGGUAAAAGCAAUUUUUGGGGAAGAAAAAGUUAUAUUCAGAGUACAGCCAACUUGGGGCUUCCAAGAGUUAAAGCAAGAGAUCCAGAGGCGCUUUAACAUAGGUGAUACUGCUUUAGUAGGCAUCAAGUAUCUGGAUGAUGACUCAGAGUGGGUCCUGUUAACAUGUGAGGAAGACCUGAAGGAAUGCAUUGAUGUGCACAAAUCAACAGAUGCUCAUACAAUCAGACUUUCUGUUCAACCUGUUGCUCAACCAAACACCAAGUCCUCAUGGAGCAGCACCGCACUAUCUUGAUCAUUUCAGGAAAUUCUUUUGAAACAACAACAUGAUAUUGCUGUGCUUAUUGAUCCGAAGUUUGUUCAUGCAUUGCAAACGCAUAGUAGGGACUGAUCUCCAGAGCAUGUGGAAAUGCUUACAGUGAGGACCAAAAAAACAAGAAGCAAAUCUGCAAAGCAUCGUAAGCAGCCUCACAUCAUCUUGAAAAGAAUGACCUGAAUUUGUUACAUCUGUGUGUUUUAUCAUUUUAUCUGAGGAAAUGAAGAUUUGACGAUUAAGGUGCUUAUGGAAGGAGUAUUUGAACUAAUGAUUUCCGUAGCUGCACCAAUCCAAAGGUGCAAAACUGGUCAGCAGUGAGUUCUUUGUCUGUGGACCAAGGAAGAAGGGUGUUUGUUUGUGCAGCAGUGAUGGCUAGCACUUCCAUGAUGGUCCUCUACCAAUUAAAUCUUUCUAUAAAGUAGAAUCUAGGUGUCAUACUGCUGUGAUGCCUAUCAAAUCGGUGAUGUUAAAACCUUUUUCUGUCAGCACACAACUUAGCACUUCAACUGACCCAUGACGACAUGCUGCAAAGAAACAGCACUUGGUUGUUUUCACUGGUUGAACACAAAGGCUUUGCAUAAGGAGGUAUGAUCUGUGUGUUUUGGACAACCACCUUUGCAUCGUGUUUGAAGUUUGUGAUCAUGUGUAGUACUUUUGAGUUACGAGAAGCUGUCAUUUGUCGACCUUUGGGCAGAUCCAAUGACUUUCUUAUUGGUUUGUGAUAUGGAUUUCAUUGAAAAUUCACCGCAGUGGGCUUGCGUGCAAAUAUUUAUAGUGAUGCUUAUGUUUCUACAGAAGAUUUAAGCAAUGGAAAAAAGGGUUAGUCUGAAGAUUUCGGGUGAACCAGACAAAUCAGAAGUCAUUUUAUGCUUCAAAAAAUAUAUAUGCUUAUCCAGUUAGUCCCUGUGCAAUAUGUAGAAUAUACAAUAGAUACAUGUCAUUUUGAUCUUUUGUUCUUUAUGGAUGGGUCUGUGUUUGAGCAAAAAAUACCAUCAUAUGUGUGUAUAAAACUUAAGCGCACAUUCAUUAAGACCAAGUUAAGAAGCUUCCAUUGCAAAC